AUGGAGUCUGUCCACCAUGUAUCGGCAUCGUCAAAAAUGCUGUUUAGCAAAGUGCGCAAAAUCGUACCUCCAAUGCUUGAAAAGUUCCACAAAGGCCAGCUUGGUCGGGUGGCCGUGAUCGGUGGAUGUGCUGACUAUACCGGCGCGCCAUACUUUUCUGCCAUGGCUUCUGCGAGACUCGGUAUGUGCAUCCGCUCCAAAUGCAGUGAAAACACAACGUUAAUUCUCAAUUCUCAGGAUGUGACAUGCCACGUUGUCUGUGAGCGAACCGCAGCACCGGUCAUAAAGGGCUACUCCCCCAAUCUCAUGGUGCAUCCAUUGCUGCCAAGCAGCGAGACUGUUCAUGAUUCCAAUUCAUUUGAUGCGCCAUCACUAGCGAAGCCGAUCAUUGGGAUGCUAUCCCGUCUCCACGCACUUGUCAUUGGGCCGGGUCUUGGCCGCGACAGUGUUACCCUCCAAGUUGUUACAGAAGUGAUCAAAGAGGCGCGCUCGCAGUCCAUUCCAUUUGUGCUGGACGCAGAUGGACUCCUUAUAGUGACGGAAGACCCGGAUCUGGUCAAAGGAUAUAAGAAUUGUAUCCUCACCCCUAACGUGGUCGAAUUCGGCCGACUCGCAAAAGCACUGGGUGUCAAAGUAUCUAGCCCUGCCGAAAUCGCACAAGGCGAGGACAAAAAUACCACCGACAAGGAAUCAGCAGCCUGCGCGCAGCUUUCUCAGGCCCUGGGUGGCGUGACGAUAGUCCAAAAGGGUCCUCAUGAUGUGAUCUCUAAUGGUAUUACUAGUAUCAUUUCUGACGUCAAAGGGGGCUUGAAGCGCAGUGGUGGUCAGGGAGAUACCCUGACGGGAUCGCUGGGCACCUUCCUUGCGUGGCGAGCGGCUUAUCACCAAAAAUUGUGGGAUUCAGACGAGGAGGAUAACGAGAAAGAGGCACAAAGUCAGCAAGAGGUUGAGGCUGAAAUUACUUCCGAGAACAAACGCAUGUCCCCAGCAACAACCUUGCUACUGGCUGCUUGGGCAGGAAGUGGAAUUACCCGAGAAUGCUCCAGACGGGCGUUUGAGGCUAAGGGACGGAGCAUGCAAGCGAGCGAUUUGACUGAUGAAGUACACGGCGCUUUUUUGCGACUUAUCGGAGAACCAGAUGAGCCUAAGACACGCCUCUAG